AUGACAAUGGAGAAGCCUAGCACCGACCUAGUCGAACAUGCAGACGAAAAGAUAGACGACCAGCAGCUCAGUCAUAUUGCCAACCAGGACGAUCACGAGCUGAGCAAAUGGCAAAGUGUGAAGAAAUACCCAUGGAUCUUCGCAUGGUGUAUCUAUGCUGUGUGGUGUGUUCUCCUCGUGAGCUUUGAAAACCAAGCCUCAGGCAAUGUCACCGGUAUCCCCCAGUUCCGCGAAGACUUCGGACACUUCUACGAAGGCAGCUGGGUACUCGAGGCGAAAUGGCAAUCGGCCUUUAGUGGCGGGCCUGUCGCAUCGGCUGUCGUGGGUGCGCUAUGUUCCGGUCAGAUCGCCGAUAGCAUUGGGCGAAAAAUGACAAUGGGCAUAUCUCUUCUCAUCACCGUUGCUGCUGUCACAUUGGAGUUUGUUGCGACUACAAACGAAAUGUUUUUUGGUGGGAAAUUUCUCAAUGGCUUCGCACUUGGCGCUCUGGCUUCUGUUCCCCUCACGUAUGUAGGAGAGUGUACUGAUAAGCUAUGUCCUCAGGUCUCUCCUCUUGCCCUCCGCGGAACCCUCACCUGCCUAAGUGCACUCGCCUACUGCAUCGGCCCAUUGGUCGUUGCACUCAUUACCAACACAACGGGAACAUACACAAACCGCUGGGCCUACCGCGCCGUCUUCGUGGCCCAGUACGGCUAUGCCGGAAUCGCACUUGCAUUCAUUGCAUUCAUGCCCGAGUCACCAUGGUGGUUGAUGUCCAAGAACCGGGACGACCAAGCCCUUGACAGUCUCCGAAAAUUGGGAUACAGCGAAGAAGAGCGAGUCAAGAAGUUAGCUCUUAUUAAGGUCACUCUUGAUGAAGUUCGAAGGGAAACAGAGGGGGUCACUUACUUCGAAUGUUUCCGUCGGUCUAAUUUGCGGCGCACAAUCAUUUCCAUUGUUCCGCUGAGCAUUCAGGCUUUAUCGGGUGUUGCGUUUAUCGCGGGGUAUUCAACGUACUAUAUGCAGUUGGCUGGGUAUAGUACGGAGAUGAGUUUCCGCCUGCAAAUUGCGCAGCAGGUUGUGUCGCUGGUUGGGAAUGUGACUUCGUAUUUCUUGAUUGAUCGAAUGGGUCGUCGGAAUCUGAUGAUCUACGGUCUGGGCGUUCUCACCAUCAUUCUCAUGUUGACUGGUGGUCUGGCGGUGGUUGGGUCUGACACUUCGAACCCAAGCUCUGGUGGUGCUGUCAAAGGCACAGUGGCUUUGAUGCUUAUUUAUUGUUGGUGGUACAAUACGACCAUUGGAUCGGCUGGAUAUACUAUCCUGGCUGAAGUCUCGACGUCCAGGCUGCGAAUCAAGACCAUUGCCAUUGGUUUGGCUUUGCAGAACGCAUUAUACACCAUGUGGUCUUUCGUCUUGCCGUACCUUUUCAAUCCGGAUCAGGCUAACCUCGGCGCGAAGGUGUCGUUCAUUUUUGGUGGACUGGCUACACUGUGUCUGGUUUAUCUCUGGAUCUAUCAGCCAGAGACUGCUGCUCGGACAUAUGCUGAGCUCGAUGAGAUGUUUAUCAAGAAGAUCCCAGCCAGGAAGUUCAAGAGAUAUCAGACUGAUGCUCAGGCCAUGGGUCUUGCCGUGAAGGAGAAAGAUAUUGGUCAAGUUUAG